GAAUCCGCUCCCCCUCGCUGUCCUUGCCCUGGCUCCAGACAAAUCCUUCCAGGCCAAUUCAAUCGAGAUGCCGUCCAAAUCGUCUUCUGCAUCUUCCAAGAAGAGCUCCUGCAGCUGCUUCUCCACGCGCACGCUCGGCUUCUUCGCGGUUUUCCUUGCCCUGUUCGCCGCGCUGUACAGCUACCUGGACGCGCGACUGGAGCAGUUCUACGUUUUCGAGCCCAACCAUCUGCACGACCUCUCUCAGCGGGCGAUUAGUGCUCAUGGAAAUGAUACGCGCGCUGUGGUGAGCUACAUUGUGAACGAGCUCGACCAGAAACUGGAGGGCAAGUAUCUCAACAAGGACGAGGAAUGGGUGUUCAACAACGCUGGCGGUGCUAUGGGUGCGAUGUACAUCAUCCAUGCUAGCAUCACGGAAUACCUGAUCAUCUUCGGCACCGCUAUCGGUACAGAAGGCCACACCGGACGUCAUACCGCGGAUGACUAUUUCAAUAUCCUCCAGGGAACCCAGCUCGCCUACGUCCCUGGCGAGUACGAGCCAGAGGUGUACCCUCAAGGCACCGUCCACCACCUGCGUCGCGGCGAGGUCAAGCAGUACAAGAUGGAUGAAUCCUGCUUUGCCCUCGAAUACGCCCGGGGCUGGAUCCCGCCGAUGCUUUUCUUCGGCUACGCCGAUACCUUUUCGAGCACUUUGGACUUCCCGACUCUUUGGGCUACCACCCGCAUUACCGGCCGGGAAAUGAUUGGCAACCUGCUGAACUUCAAGAUGUGAUCGUCCACUACGUGAGGACUAAACUGUAUAUUACUGCGCAUCCAGGACUCUGGUGUGAUGUACUAUUAUAAUAGACCGUCCAAUUGGUUACUUCGGAAUAGCUACAAUGAGGCUGGGGUUUGGAUGAUUCAUUAGGUAGAUCAUAUUGCUUCAAAUCCUCUUUUCAAUAGACACCAAAUACUUCCAGAUGAAUAAUGGACAUGAAGAACUAUUUAACUUGGUUGCUAUUGGUAGCUGAGAUAAGCACUGCACGUGCCACAUUUGGUUACU